AUGCUGUGGAAACUAGUUGAGAAUGUCAAGUAUGAAGAUAUUUAUGAGGACCGGCAUGACGGUGUCUCGAGCCACAGCUCGCGCCUGUCCCAGCUGGGUUCGGUAUCGCAUGCGGGACCAUACUCCAGCGCGCCACCGCUGUCUCAUGCGCCCUCGUCGGAUUUCCAGCCUCCGUACUUUCCGCCGCCGUACCAGCCGCUCGCUCAUUACCAGAACCAGGACCCGUACUCCCACGUCAGCGACCCGUACUCCCUGAACUCCCUGCACCAGAGCCAGCAGGGUGCAUGGGGGGCGCGGCAGCGGCAGGACGUCGCAGGAGACCGGAUGGACAGCUCCUCUCUGCUGGCGCAGCCUAGGGCCUCGCUGCCACAACUGUCCGGGCUGGACCCACGGCGGGACUACGGUGGCGUGCGACGGCCCGACGUGCUGCUGCACUCCGCUCACCCGGGACUGGAGCCCGGUAUGGGCGACGGACUGCUGCACGGGCUGCAUGGUAUGGAGGAUGUUCAGACCAUUGAAGACACCAACGGAACGAACAUCCUGGAUCAAUCAGUAAUUAAGAAAGGCAGUGUGUCGCUGACAGGCUGCCGCUCUGAUGAUAACAUGGGCUCUCUGAUGCUCGGCAAGGACGGGCUGAUCGGUGGAGUGACCGUAAACAUAAACGAGGUGUUCUGCUCGGUACCGGGCCGCCUGUCGCUGCUCAGCUCCACCUCCAAGUACAAAGUGACCGUAGGGGAGGUGCAGAGGAGAUUGUCCCCGCCCGAGUGCCUCAACGCCUCCUUGUUGGGGGGCGUGUUGAGAAGAGCAAAGUCCAAAAACGGUGGCAAAUGUCUGAGAGAAAAGCUGGAGAAGAUUGGACUCAAUUUACCUGCUGGAAGACGCAAAGCUGCCAAUGUCACAUUACUAACAUCUCUAGUAGAAGGUGAAGCAGUCCACUUGGCCCGGGAUUUCGGUUACAUCUGCGAGACGGAGUUUCCCACCAAAGCCGUGAGCGAGUACCUCAACCGGCAGCACGCGGACCCCAACGAGCUUCACACGCGGAAAAACAUGCUGCUGGCGACAAAACAGCUGUGUAAGGAGUUCACAGACCUGCUGGCCCAGGACAGGACUCCCCUGGGCAACUCCAGACCCAGCCCCAUCCUGGAGCCCGGCAUCCAGAGCUGCCUCUCCCACUUCUCCUUCAUCACGCACGGCUUCGGCUCGCCCGCCAUCUGCGCCGCGCUCACCACCCUCCAGAACUACCUCACCGAGGCUCUCAAAGGACUCGACAAGAUGUUUCUCAACAAUCCUUCCAACAACCGGCACGGGGACGGCGGCAACAAGGCCGGGGACAAAGAGGAGAAGCAGCGGAAAUGA